AUGACGGACGGAGUACGGCACUAUGUGAGUGAUUGUCUCCAACAGCGGCACCCGUACGAUGCCCGCAGCGCCUUCGCCGGUCGUCCGCAGCGCGACGCUGGACUUGUUUUCUCCGGCCGGCCGCCAAUUGCGAUUGACGAUUGGAUCGCGGCUCUCAGCGACACCGUUGUGGGCGACGUGCAGCGUGGGAGGGCACUGCGGCUUCUCAUUGCACACACCGCAUCACAGGAGGAGAAGAUAACACUACUGCGGAAAGAUAUUGUGACUAGACUCGUGGCAUUACUGAAUACGAAACCAUCACCAGAUGUGGAGUGUCAAACAUUUGCGUUGAUGCGCUCACUUUGUGUGAUACCACAAGGAUGUCAAUGUGUUAUGGAUGCAGGCGGUCUGGAAGCUGCUAUGCGAUCUGCUCAAGAUACUUCCAUGGGAGAGGAACGCCUAGAUGCUAGGGUAAUGGCAGUAAGAGUAAUAUAUCAAAUUAGCUUUAAUGCGGCAGGUGUACGUUGGUUACUUGGAGUAGAAGUGCCCCAUGGAUUUGAAUUGUUAGAUGCUGUUUCCACUACAUCUUGUGUAGCACCAGUAACAAAAGAAGCCGUCAUUGCUACCCUUGUAUUUAUCCUUCAACAUGAUGCAAAGUUUGAUGGAAGUGGUAUGAAUAGUAGUACUACUACUAUUGGUAGUAAUAGUGAUGUUAGUAAUAAGACUAGUGGUGGUUCUCCUGUUUUGCAGAUGAUAUUAUAUGCUGUUACUGCCUUAGCACAGUUAACAGCCGUAACAGAAGGUAUCUUUGCUGCAAUGAAUGGAAAUGCUGUGACUGAAGUGGCUGCUCUCAUACAUAAGUAUGCUUCUAACACUAUUUGGUUAAUAGAUCGAGAAAUUGUGGGAAUUGUGACACAACUUAUUAUUAUUAUAUGGAAUGUUUCACUUGAACAAAGUGGAGCAGAACUUGUUGGAGAACUUGGUGUUCCAGAUGAUCUUUUUUCACUUAUUGCCAUUCUUUACAGACAAAGUAUCUCAUCUAAUGGUCCUUUACUUCGUGCAUUAACUGGAGCAUUAUCUGCGGUUUACAAAUUACUUUCUGUAAAACAAAAAAGCUUAGAUCCUUUGGUCGGUGAACUUUCUCGUAUUCAAGUUUUGUACGAAUUCCUUCGUAGUAUUAAUGAUGUGGUUAGUACCGCUAAAGUUAGUCAGAAUGAACCACAUCCAGAUGUUGUAGCAAUAUCAAAGAAUGUUGUCCUAUGUACUCGAUUCGCUAUGGAACUGAAGUCUGUACGUGACUUUACACGUAAAUUUCUUGAAGAAAUGGGUAAAAAUGGCACUAAUGAAGCAUUCUAUUUUAGAAGACAACUUUUCUAUUCUACAAAGUGGGAAAAAGAAUUUGAUGCCUCCGUAUAG